CUCAUUAAGGCACGGAAGAUCUGACGUAAGUCGUGAGAUUGAAUAUAAGAAACAGUGAUCAGUUUGAGCACGUUAUAAAGUAGCGUUAUGGAGAACGGAAGAUACAACAUUUCAGCGUUAUCGCUUUCGAGGCCAUCAGAAUUGUUAGAAAAGUUAACUUUAACUGGGAGUUCUUUACUGCUUAUUGUGGCCAUUAUAGUGAAUAUACUGGCUCAUUUUGUGAUUGCAUCAAUAUUUUUAAAAUCUCGUCCUUUUCGUCAAAGCCGGCAUUUUUAUAUCCUCAGUGUGGCUCUUUCGGACUUUUUCACUGGAAUGACUAUACCUUUUUUAAUUUUAGAGUCGAUGAAUUCCCGGUGGACUUUGGAGCCUUAUUUGUGCCCGGUGUUUCUAGUGAUAAGACAUUCCAUGAUGUUCAUCUCUCUCCUGAGUGUUUUGCUGUUUACCCUGGAUAGAUGGUGGAGUAUAAGUUUCCCACUGUCCUAUCGAGCACGCCAAAGCCAACAAAAAUCGGUCCUAGUUCUUAUAAUUGUUUGGAUUUUUGCGGCAAUUGUUCACAUACCUGCCAUUUUUGUAUGGAAUUCUCAGUACAUGCACAACGGAUACAAAAUGACGUUCUGUCAGUAUCCGUAUUAUUUUGAUCGAAUGUACACAAUUUCCUUGACAGUGCUUGAAUUCAUCUUGCCCAUUGCUUUUCUUUUGACCCUAAAUGCUUCAAUAUAUGUGGUAUUAGUAAAACGUCGGAAUGCCACGGAAAUAAGAAGAUCACUUAGCACCAGCGAGAGAGCAGUCCGUAGUCGGAAAGACAACCAAUACCCUUGUUGUAUUCCAAACUGCCAUUGUAAAUCGAAUAAAUCUGACAGGUUACAGCCACGUUCGACACAACUGGUCAAAAAUCACAGUGCAUCGGAACUACCGUCGCCAUCAAAUAGUAUCAGUAUUGACAGUAGAAGCAAGUCUUUAGAAGCGGUCACUGCAGUUUCUUGUCAGUAUAGUUUUUUGCGAAAGGAGAGUGACAACCUGGUACGAGAUUUUCUUUUACGUCAGAGUAUGAGAGCGUUGUGUUCGGUUGGUAUUCUCACCAUUUGCGCCAUCUUGUUUCGCUCACCAUACGUCAUUGCCAUACUCAUCGAUGUGUUUUCUUGUCCCGUGCCUUCAGGAAUAUUGGUGUUUCUGCAGAACUUAACUGUAAUCAAUGCUUCCAUUAAUCCUUUUUUAUACAAUCUAGGAAGUAAAACCAUUAAGAAAACUCUCCGAUCCUGCAUUAAGUCUAAACUGAAGAAGACGGAUAAAUUUGGUGAAAAUUUAGCCAGCAUGUAUUGUAUUCUUGAACGAAAUGGCAAAGUUUCUACCAUUCUCAAUCAAAGAGCAUAACCAUGAUUUGUAAAUGAUAUUUUAAGUAUAAAAAUGUGAAUUUCUUCCACUGAUAAUAAUAUCGGUAAUUAUCCAGAUAUUGGUGCCAUUUUCUUUCACA